AUGAAUAUCUUCACCAGACCUCUGAGAAGAUACGCAGCGAUGUCUACACCAAAGGUUGUCCAACCCAAAUGGAACGUUCCUGCGCCACAAGCUGAGAAAGCUGUGUUGAAAUUGUACAACAGUUUAACAAGAUCCAAAGUAGAAUUUAUUCCUCAAUCAGGUAACAGAGGGGUCACUUGGUACUCCUGUGGACCUACUGUUUAUGACGCCUCGCAUAUGGGACAUGCCAGAAAUUACGUUUCCAUUGAUAUCAACAGAAGGAUCAUUCAAGAUUACUUCGGUUACAAUGUGCAAUUUGUGCAAAAUGUUACUGAUAUUGAUGACAAGAUCAUUUUGAGGGCAAGACAAAACUAUCUAUUCGACAACUUCGUCAGAGAAAACAACACCGAGUUGAACGCUGAGGUUGUUGAUAAGGUCAAAACAGCACUUUUCCAAUACAUUGGUAAAAACUUCACCAUUGAAGGUAGUGAAAUCAAAACCAUUGAAGAAUUUCAAGUGUGGCUAUCGAAGGCUGAUACUGAAACUUUGAAAUCAGAAAAUCCUAAGUUCCCUAUGCACGUUACUGCAGUCCAAAAUGCCAUUGAAGCAAUCACUAAGGGUGAUUCCAUGGGCCCAAAACUUGCCUUUGAAAAAGUCAAAGAUGUCACAGUUCCUUUACUAGACGAAGAAUUGGGCUCUACACUCAGCGAUCCAGAGAUUUUCCGUCAACUUCCAGCCUACUGGGAGCAAAAAUUCAACGAUGACAUGUUAUCAUUGAACGUGCUUCCUCCCACUGUUACUACUCGUGUUUCUGAAUAUGUCCCAGAGAUUAUUGAAUUUGUACAAAAAAUCAUUGAUAAUGGAUACGCAUAUGCCACUUCCGACGGUUCCGUCUAUUUUGAUACUUUGAAGUUUGACAGAUCACCAAACCAUGACUAUGCCAAGUGCCAACCAUGGAAUAAAGGCCAACUAGACUUGAUUAAUGAUGCUGAAGGCUCUUUGAGUAACUUCGCCGAUAACGGCAAAAAAUCAAACAACGAUUUUGCCCUAUGGAAAGCUUCUAAGGCUGGUGAACCAGAAUGGGAAUCACCUUGGGGUAAAGGUAGACCAGGGUGGCACAUUGAAUGUUCUGUCAUGGCCAGUGAUAUUUUGGGCCCUAACAUUGAUAUUCAUUCUGGUGGUGUCGAUUUAGCCUUCCCUCACCAUGAUAACGAGUUGGCUCAAUCUGAAGCAUGUUUUGACAAUAAGCAAUGGAUUAACUACUUCUUGCAUACGGGCCAUUUACAUAUUGAAGGCCAAAAGAUGUCUAAGUCCUUAAAAAAUUUCAUCACCAUCCAGGAAGCUUUGGAAAAAUUCUCUCCACGCCAAUUGAGACUAGCCUUUGCCUCGGUGCAAUGGAACAAUCAAUUAGAUUUCAAAGAAUCUUUGAUUCAUGAAGUGAAGUCAUUUGAAAACUCAAUGAAUAAUUUUUUUAAGACCGUUAGAGCGUUGAGAAACGAUGCAACCUCUUCAGGUCACAUUCCUAAAAAAUUCGGUUCUUUGGAGAAGGAAUUAUUGGCCGACUUUACCGAAAAUGAGUCCAAAGUCCAUUUGGCAUUCUGCGAUAAUUUGUCCACACCCGUAGUUUUAAAGACUCUGAGUGAGUUGGUGACCAAGUCAAACACAUAUAUUUCCACCGCUGGAUCUGCGUUAAAAAUUGAGCCUUUGAUUGCUAUUUGUAAUUACGUCACGAGGAUCUUGAGAAUAAUUGGGUUCCCAUCCCGUUCUGAUAAUUUAGGUUGGAUUGCACAAUCAGACUCUAAUGAGCAAUCAUCUGGUUCAUUGGAGGACACUGUGAUGCCAUAUGUCAAGUGUCUGUCCACCUUUAGAGAUGAAGUACGUUCUUUAGCUAUCAAGAAAGCUGAACCAAAGGAAUUUCUUCAACUAACAGACAAGAUUAGAAAUGAAGACCUAUUGAAUCUAAACAUUGCAUUAGACGAUAGAAAUGGACAAUCUGCAUUGAUCAAGUUCUUAACUAACGAUGAAAAAUUAGAAAUCGUUAAACUAAAUGAAGAGAAACUGGCCAAUGAAGAGGCCAAAAGACAAAAAAAAUUGGAACAGCAGAAGUUGAGAGAGCAGAAGGAAAACGAAAGGAAGCUUAAGGCCCAAACCAAGCCACAAGACAUGUUUAAAGAUGUUGGUUUGUACAGUGCCUGGGAUGAACAAGGCCUUCCAACAAAGGAUAAAGAUGGUAACGACGUUACCAAAAGUAUGACAAAGAAGUUGAAGAAGCAAUGGGAACAACAGAGGAAGCUACAUGAAGAGUAUUUUGGUAAAGAAAACUAA